GAGGAGAGUCACUUAGCCAGCACCAUUUUAGGAAGACGUAUCGCCAGACUCCUGUCUUUAGCAUUUUAUAGUUACUCUGGGAAAAGAACACCUGAAUUCAAUUAGACUUGGUUCGUUUCUUUUACAGUCGUUAGCUCUGAAGCGAAGCAUUGCAUAGGUUAGCUAAGCAGGAGAACAUACCGUGCUAGUACCAGCUAGCUACUGAAGCUAACCCGAGCUGGCUCUAAGGCUUCUCUCCACCAACGAUACAUUCACUGAGCCUGCACGUGGAGCCUGUCAAAAUGAGUGCUGCCUCCUCCCAAAAAGUUGUCCUGAAAAGCACCACCAAAGUGUCCCUGAAUGAGCGGUGAGGCGCCACGCACCCUGUCAGCAGUUAGACACCAGAUGCAAGGGGGCCAGCCUUGGCUUGUGAAGGUUCUAGUGCUCUCUGCGGAAGGCUACUGUCGGGCAACCGGAUCCGACAUGGAUGCUGUUCUGACUGGCCCCACUGUGUGCACUGCUCACUCAACAUCAGUCCUGUUAACACGUGCUGAUGCACAGGCAGAGUUAAAUGUGAUAGCGUGGUGGAGCAGAAGGGGCUCGCCUGGGCUGGAUGUCUUGUGUGAGCAGUGUACACAUGUAGACAAGGGGAGAGGGUAGUGGUCCUACUGGCUUCACUAACAUGCUGAAGAACAAGCAGCCCACUGCGGUUAGCAUUCGAGCCACCAUGCAACAGCAGCAUUUGGCCAGUGCCCGCAAUCGCCGGCUGGCCCAGCAGAUGGAGAACCGGCCGUCAGUGCAAGCUGCUCUCAAUCACAAACAGAGCCUGAAGCAGCGCUUGGGAAAGAGCAACAUCCAGGCCAGGCUGGGCCGGCCCGUCGGGGCUCUGAUGAGAGGAGGAGCUCUUGGCAGAGGAGGAAUGAGAGGGAUGACCAGAGGAGGCCCACGUGGACGAGGCAGAGGAGGACUGAUGAGGGGUGCUCUGUCCCUGAGAGGGAAGCGAGUGGCUACAGGCGGCCCCAUGCGAGGCCGUGGUGCUGCUGGCCGUAUGGCAAUGCGUAGAGGAGGGCGUCACCGUGGAGGACCCCCCGGCCGUGGAGGAGCUCUGUCCAGAGGAGCAGCACGAGGAGGAAUAGUCAGAGGCCGUGGUGGGCUGCGUGGGCGUGGCAGUUUCGCCGGCCGCGGCGGUCGUGGCCGUGGGCGGGGGGGCCGUGGCAUCCACCAACCCACCGUCACCCGCGAACAAUUGGACAACCAGCUGGACGCUUACAUGUCAAAGACCAAAGGCCACCUGGACGCUGAGCUGGAUGCCUACAUGGCACAGGCAGACCCAGACAGCAUGGAGUGACCCUGAACGACUGAAUAAGCACAUGUAGAGUUACUGCAGAACUGUACAGCUGAACUCACACAGUAGUGUCAUGCACCAAAUUGACGUGCGGAGAAAUAAUAGUUAAAUUUAGAUGCGAGCGGUGACAGUCCAGGACUCUGAGUGAAGGAACAGCAGAGUACCUGAAUGUGCUUCAACCACAACGCAAUUCUACAUCAACCCUGUUCCUGCAAAACCCUUUUAAUUGUAGAAUAACUGUGUGAAGGGACCUUUUUAAACAUUAACACUCUGCUGUCUGUAAACCUUUGUUUUUUUUUUAUACAUGAAAACACGUUUUAAAUUUGGGACAGAUCUAUAAUGGUUUAAUCCUGAUCAGUUAUUCUGUUGUGUUAACCUUCCUUUGUAACCAUAUUUGAAUUACUUCUUUUUUUUUGAAAAAACUUGUAUGAUAAGGAUUUUGGGUUAAUUUGUUGUCUUAUCUUAAACAUUUUCAAUGCAAACCUUUUCUAAAUUAUUUGUUAAAAAAAAGAAUGUGAGCAGAGGGUUUUAAGCCAAGUAUCCAUUUGUCUUUGUUUUUCUAUUUAAAGGAUGUAGUACUUUGACAUUUUUGUUCUUCCAUUAGUCAGCAUUAUUCAGGGCUGUUGGCAUUCUUUAAAAUUGUACUUGAUAACAUUUGUGUCAGAUUACACACAAUCAAGUAAAAUAGGUUUUAAUGAAAGCUCAAAUGUAUACACUUGAAUGCCCUUGUGUGAAAGGUUGACCACACAUCAGAAAGUGAGUUUCAAUGUGAUGUUAAUGUCAACUUGAAUAAUUAAAUUCAGCCAGUGAUGGCAAACUCCCAAAA